AUCUGAAGUUUGAAAACACUAAGAAACAAGACGGACUAUGACCGAUCAAAGUGAAUUGAUCGUGUCGAUUAUUUUGUUGAACAAAGUUAAAAUACCUAUAUGAAAUUGUGCGAAAAUAUUUUCUAGCAGAUACAUUUGAGAGCUAGUAGUUUCAUUGUAACAUUAAGAAAUGGUCCUUUUUAAUGCAUUGUGUGCUAAUUUGAAUUACAAUAGUCAAAGGGGACAUAAAAGCCCCACCAGCUUUUAUGUUUGGUUCAUUGUAGAUUUACUCAUCAUGAUAAUUAUCACAGUUGGUGCUAUCCCCUUAUAUAACACAGUAAAAAUUAUAUCCGUUUUCUUUGACAAUCACAAUUAUUUGAUACAGAUUAUUUAUAAUCGGCGUGAUACACUAAACGCAUUCGCAGAUUCAUACCGUGAAGUUGUGAACGAUAAAUCUAAGCUCAAAGUGCUGGAAACGGCAGCAGUCAGGAAAACUCAUGAAUAUAGAGAUACUUUAAAGGAAUUACGGGACAAAAUAAAACUAUUGGAAGUGACGAGAAUUGAAUUCCUAAAGUUUCAAACCCCAGAAGAUAG